CAGCAAUGAGAGACUGCAUUUGUUAUAUAGAAUAUCAUAUAAAGUGAAGCAAUCAGUAUCAUAGAGAAUAAUGCCAUGAGUGAUCUUAAAGUAAAUCUGUCUAUACCUUUUCCAAGCUCCAGAGAGGCAGAAGUUGCAUAUCAAGUACUUCGGGUUGACAAGGAGCCUUCGAGAAGCGGAGUCAAUAAGAAACUUACUUUGAACAAGAAUCUUCUAGAAUUUUCCUUCAGUGGAAAGGAAGCACGAAAAGUACGAGUAGGACUCACAUCCUUUUUCGAUAGUUUACUAUUGGUCACAGAAACUAUGGAGAAAUUUGGUCCACCUGAGCCAACAUACGGCCAUUAUUAAACUGAUAAUAUUGAACUUA